CUGUGUAUCUCUCUCUCUCUCUCUCUCGCUCUCUCCCUACUCAAGACUGUUUUAAAGUCUCUGCUAGACUUGGACUCACGCUUUACUUCCUGGAUGGAUGGAGGAAUGGGAAGCUUCCAGCACCUCUCCACCACCAACACCGACUCUCCCCUCCCCGUGUGUCCGACGAGCGCUCCCUCAGCCGCCGCAGCCGCAUGAGCGACAACGCGCUGUGCGGACCCGUCUCAGCUUGUCUCCUCUAACCCACUCCCACCCCCCCCCGCUGCAUUCAUACGCCCCUCCGUAACCAUCAGUAUCUGAGUGUUAUGCUCAUAUCCGGGAAUAUCGGGGGGAUUUUAGGGACGGAAAGACUCUUUAUUGGACCUCUAACUACAUCUCUCCGCCCUCCACCUCCACCGUACACAACCUCGGUCUGCGCUGCGUCUCCGGCGCUGCUUUUUACGCAGCGAAGGCGUCGCUAAUUUGACCGCAAAAGGGAGAAACUCAACAGUUGUUGCUUCUUCUUGUUUGCAUGUCGACGUGCACAUCACUACAAUGUGGAGGCUACUGCAAUCAUGUUUUCGCUGCUGGUGGAUUUUCUCUCUCAUUUUGCCAGCCUACGUGCUCCUGUGGGCCGACUGUCAUCCUGCAGCACUAACGGGAAGCCAAGCCAGGUCUCAAACCCUUACCCAUGGCCUUCGCAGAGCCACAUCUGGUGGGACACGACUCCGGAGAGCUGCCACCGAGGAGACCUACUGGGCCUACUCAGGUAUAUAUGGGCCAGACGAGGGCUGGGCGUCGGCCUACCCUGAAUGCAAAGAGAGAAACCAGUCACCAAUAAAUAUUGUGGACCAGGAUACCAAAGUAUCCACGGAGUAUCAGGAACUGACACUGGAAGGCUUUGAUGUGGAAUCUUCUAAUAAGACAUCUAUGAAGAACACCGGCAAAACAGUGGCCAUUAUGUUGAAGGAUGAUUACUUUGUUCGGGGAGCAGGCCUACCAGGGAGAUUUAAGGCAGAAAAAGUUGAGUUUCAUUGGGGUCCAAGCAACGGAUCCGAGGGGUCUGAACAUAGCAUCAACGGCCGACGUUACCCUGUGGAGAUGCAGAUCUACAUGUACAACUCAGAUGACUUCGACAGCCUCAGCGCAGCGCUCAGGGAGAAGAGGAUCAUCGCAGCCAUGGCUGUGUUUUUUCAGGUGGGAGGGAAGGACAAUCCUGCUGUCGACCCUAUAAUCCAUGGCCUGAAGGGUGUGGUCCAUCAUGAAAAAGAGACUUUCCUGGAGCCAUUUGUACUGAAGGACCUGCUGCCAUCCUCUCUGGGAAGUUAUUAUCGCUACACCGGCUCUCUGACAACUCCGCCCUGCAGUAAGGUGGUAGAGUGGAUCAUCUUCAGUAGGCCUAUCUACGUCUCAUACAAACAGUUGGAGGCUUUCUACUCAAUUUUUACCACAGAGCAGCAGGACCAUGUGAAGUCAGUGGAGUAUCUGCGCAGCAACUUCAGGCCCAUCCAAAGCUUGGAUAAUCGCCAUGUCUUCAAGUCAGCAGUCAAAGAUGCCUGGAUACCCGACCUGACUGACAGUGCCAGUGGACCAUAUGGCACAGAGGCUUCCAAAGUGUGCAGCAGUGCUCCUAUCAACAUGAAGGUGCAGCAUGUGAACGGCAGCGCUCUGGUGGUCCGCUGGGCCCGUCCAGAGGUCACUUACCAUCCACCCAUCCUCCACUUCCUGGUGUCCUACAGCUGGACAGCCCACGACGACAGCUAUGAGGAGACACAUCUCACCGACGCCAAACAUAAACUGGAGGCUGUUAUAUCUCCUGUCUCCCCUGAUGUACUGUACCUGUUUCGAGUCCAGGCCGUCUGCAUGAAUGACAUGCGCAGUGACUUCAGCCAGAGCAUGCUCUUCAGAGCAAAUACCACCAGGAUAUUUGAGGGAACGAGGAUUGUGAAAACUGGAAUGCCAACAGUCUCUCCAGCCUCCUCAGCCGACAUGGCUCCCAUUUCCUCUGGCUCAUCUACCUGGACUUCUUCAGGCAUCCCCUUCUCCUUCGUCUCCAUGGCGACAGGCAUUGGCCCGUCCUCCAGUGGUAGUCAGGCAACAGUGGCAUCCGUGGUGACCAGCACCUUACUGGCUGGGCUGGGCUUCAGCGGCGGUGUCAUCUCCUCCUUCCCCAGCUCUGUUUGGCCAAGCAGAGCACCGACCCAUAAUCCCACCUCUACACACCAGACCACCGAGCCCUCCAAAGAUGCCGCCUCCGCUGUCACAACAGCUGCAGCCAAAGAUAACAGUGAAGCUGGGGGUGAGGACAGGGACAGCUGCAAGGGUCAAGGAGAGGAUGGAGAGAGGGAGGGAGAGGAUAAGGAUGAAGAGGAGGAAGAAGACGAGAAAGAUGAGAAGAAGGAGAAGAAAGGAUCAGGACAUGUGGGCAAAGCAGGGUUGAAAGACAGGAGUGCAGCCAUGAGUAAGCCGCCCAGUGAGACACCUGACUCCUCUGCAAAGGGGAAAAAACAGACUGAACCAGAUCCACCUAAAAUGACACAUGGUGUAGAAGACCAACUGGAGGUGUAUACCCACAGUCCACAUGACUCUAAUCCCACUACCACCUCAGAGGCAGCCAAUGAAAUAGCAACAUUCCCUGCUCCCAGUGACUCUGCAGCGACACUCAGACCCAGCGCAGGGAGAGACAAGAAGCACUGGCCUUUCUCAAUCCACACUGUCCGUCCGAGUGCAGUGACCAAUCUAACCGGCCAAGCAAGGCCUGGGUCUGGGGCAGGACUGGGCCGUGUGGAGUGGCUGGCACCUUUGGCGGUAGUCUCAACUCUAACCUUCCUCUGCCUCGUCCUCUUGCUGGCUGUUCUAGUCUACUGGAGGCGCUGUUUCCAGACAGCUCAUUUCUAUGUGGAAGACAGUGAUUCACCCAGGGUGGUGCCCAAUGAGACGAUCCCUAUCAUCCCCAUCCCAGAUGACAUGGACGCCAUUCCAGUCAAGCACUUCAUCAAACACAUCUCUGAACUCUACUCAAAUAACCAACAUGGAUUCUCUGAAGAUUUUGAGGAGGUUCAACGGUGCACUGCUGAUAUGAAGAUCACGUCAGAGCACUCCAACCACCCUGACAACAAGCACAAGAACAGAUACAUCAACAUAGUGGCCUAUGACCACAGCAGGGUGAAGCUAAGGCUGCUGGCUGGGAAGGACUCCAAACACACCGACUACAUCAAUGCCAACUAUGUGGAUGGUUACAAUAAGCCUAAAGCCUACAUUGCAGCCCAGGGACCUCUCAAGUCCACCUUUGAGGACUUUUGGCGGAUGGUGUGGGAGCAAAAUACUGGUGUCAUUGUCAUGAUCACCAACUUAGUGGAGAAAGGGCGGAGAAAAUGUGACCAGUACUGGCCGACAGAGAACAGUGAAGAGUAUGGCAACAUGGUAGUCACACUGAAAAGCACCAAAGUUCAUGCCUGCUACACUGUCCGCUGUUUCACACUGCGCAACACUAAAGUGAAAAAGGGUGGGAAGGGGAACCCUAAGGCACGGGCCCAGAAUGAACGGACAGUGCUCCAGUAUCAUUACACCCAGUGGCCAGACAUGGGUGUCCCAGAGUACACCCUGCCCGUUCUCACCUUUGUCCGUAGGUCCUCAGCCGCCCAGAUGCCUGAUAUGGGACCGAUGCUUGUUCACUGCAGUGCCGGAGUGGGUCGCACAGGGACGUACAUCGUCAUUGACAGCAUGCUGAAGCAGAUCAAAGACAAGAGCACAGUUAAUGUACUCGGCUUCCUCAAACAUAUACGCACCCAGCGCAACUACCUAGUCCAGACAGAGGAGCAGUACAUCUUCAUCCACAAUGCCUUGAUGGAAGCUAUUUUGGGGAAGGAGACAGAAGUGGCAGCCAGCCAGCUUCAUAGCUACUUCACCAGCAUCACAACACCAGGACACAGUGGCCAGACACAUCUGGACAAACAGUUCAAGCUGGUAACACAGUGCAAUGUCAGAUUCACGGAAUGCUUCAACGCUCAGAAGGAGUGCAACAAAGAGAAAAAUCGAAAUUCCUCCGUGGUGCCAUCGGAGCGAGCGAGGGUCAGCCUAGCACCAUUGCCUGGCAUCAAAGGCACCGAUUACAUUAAUGCCUCUUACAUCAUGGGUUACUACCGGAGUAAUGAAUUCAUAAUUACCCAGCAUCCUCUGCCCCAUACCACAAAAGACUUUUGGAGAAUGAUCUGGGACCACAAUGCACAAAUUAUUGUCAUGCUGCCUGCCAACCAUGGACUGGCAGAGGAUGAGUUUGUGUACUGGCCCAGUCAGGAGGAGGCCAUGAACUGCGAGGCUUUCACUGUCACCCUCAUCAGUAAAGACCGGCUCUGUCUGUCCAACGAGGAACAGAUCAGCAUCCAUGACUUCAUCCUCGAAGCUACACAGGAUGACUAUGUAUUAGAGGUUCGUCACUUCCAGUGUCCCAAGUGGCCAAACCCUGAGGCACCCAUCAGCAGCACCUUUGAGCUCAUCAACAUCAUUAAAGAGGAGGCAGCCACCCGUGAUGGACCAACCAUCGUCCACGAUGAGUUGGGAGCAGUGUCAGCUGGCAUGUUGUGUGCCCUCACCACCCUGUCUCAGCAGCUGGAGAGCGAAGGCGCCGUCGAUAUCUAUCAAGUGGCCAAGAUGAUCAACCUCAUGAGGCCAGGAGUCUUCACAGACAUUGACCAGUACCAGUACCUAUACAAAGCCCUGCUUAGCCUCGUCAGCACCAAGGAGAACAGCUUGGGACUUCUGGCCAGGAACAUUAACGGGACCAUGGUGUCCAUGUCCGACCAGUCUGACCAGGCAGAGAGCUUGGAGUCGUUGGUGUGAGAGAAGCCCCUUAGAGGCCAGGAGCUGAGCUGAGGGCGUCCUGUUGGUCCAAACACUGCGCGACGUCCCUGAACCCACAAAGGAGGCACUUAACUUUGUAAAACGUCAAGGAACUCUUGUGGACAAGACUUUUUGAGGCCUUUUUUGCCAGACUCUUGGUUAAAAUGAAUAACCUGAUUACUUUUUUACACUGAUAAAAAGUUUUUGAUAUUUAUUUUUUUUUGCCAUUUUAUGUCUUAAUGUUCUCCUACUGAAGGGUUUGCACCUGCAUUUUUAAGUUUCACAACGGUGUGGGUAGGCAACGAGAAACACUUUUCUGUCUUUUCUUGUUUGCACUAUAUAAUGUCAGUGUUACUGCCUAUACUAAAGCUGACUCACUUGGCUUUUCUCCACUUGAGCUCUGAUUUUUUUGACAGUCCACGGCUUUGGCCCAUAUUAAACCAACUGCUUCUGUGAAGGACAUUGCUCUGCCUACCACCUACCAUUCAAACUAAGGCAGUGGAUGGAGGAAGGCAUGAACUCAGCCUCAGUAACUAAAUGCUGGUCGACUUCAGCACAGUAUAACCUCCUCCACCCUGCUCAUCUAUAAUACUCAUAUUACCACUCAUACCACUCUUAUCACAAGAACCAAGAUCUUGGAACCUAUUGCCACAGACAAGUAGCGCUUGUUUUCUAAAACUAAUUUCCUCUUCACCCCCUUUUUUUUUGCCUUGUUCUGUUGUCACUUUUUCUCUUAUUAGUGAGUCACACCCAUAUUAGAAUACCUAAGGUGGUGUAACAACUGCUUACUGUGAACUAUUAUUAUUUCUUUGUAUAAUUCAUAUUAUGCUUUUUAAUAUAUGGAAAUACUGUAUGUAUACAUAUAUAAAUAUAUCCUUAUCAUAAUAACUUUGUGAUUUUUGUACAUGUCCUCAGUGGCCUCCUGCCGCAGGCCGGUUGAUUUCCAACACAUCUGACAGUUUACCACUCCAGCACUCACAGCUGACUCACAGCAGUCUGGAGGUGGACUCCCUCAGUCCUCUGCAUUAUUGUAUGCUGCUAUGUCAUCUGAUCUCACACACACAAAUACACAUAUACAAAUGCCACCAGUAGAGAUUUUACAUUUUAAAACACCUGACAAACUACAACAGAUGAUGCAACUUCAUGCCAUUCCCCAUCUUUUUGAAAAGUUUUGAAAGUCAAGUUUUUAAAUUAUUAUUAUUUUUCUUCCUUUCAGUCAUAAAUUCAUUCUGAAAGACAAGCCACAGAUUGAGAAUACAAAAGCCUGUAUGUGGAGCCUUCAUGUACUCACAAUGCAACCGUGUCUGUCAUUAUAGGGUUUAGUAAGUAUGAUCUGCUGGGGAACAGCAGACUCAACAACAAGCUCUAUGCAACAAAGUGCUUAUGUUUUAUUACUGUAAAACAGGGUUUAAAACAGUCAUUGGGUUCUUAGUGUUAGUCUAGUCCAGUGGUCUCUUCACAGUGGAUUUAUUUAGUUAUUAAUUUUAUCUGUGCUUAUUCUGUCUAUAGUGAAUAAACUGAAUAACCCCUUUUCUCUUA